AUGUUCUCUUCGAAAUCAGAAGUCGUGAAAGUUUCACCUGGAUCAUUUUGUAUUCAAGUGCCUGAAGUGAAAGAGCCUUUGACUGAUGAUAAAUUUCUUGGACCCCUUAGUUUUUUCAUAAGAUUCACUGGACUUGAUUGUUCGAUUGUUGCUCUUUCUAAAGUUGACUCCAGAUUCAAAUUCAGAGCAUGGAUAACCCAGAUCUUUGCUGUUAUUGUUAUGGCGAUAAUCGUCCUUCGGUGUUUUACUUUCUUUCAAUUGCAUGGACAUUCUAUGUCUUUCCAAUGGGCUGAAAGUGGAAUGUUCGCAUUCUUGGGAGUGCAGUCCGUCGAGUGUGCAUACUGUAUAUUCAGUUGGACAAGGAAUGACUUCAUGAUGAAUCAUCUUGAGAAAUUGGAAGUUCUCAGAUUACUACGUGUUAAGGAUAAUGAAAAAAUAGACAAUUACUGUAGUAUCCAUCUGAAAGUCCUUGUUUGGACUGGAUUAUGGACACUGGUUACAAUGGCACACGCAGUGAAUUGUGCAAUAGAAGAGAAGGUUAUUUUGAGUGGUAACCGUCAAGCGGAACUUAUUCAUUUGGUCCGAUCUGCGAACAAAUCACUAGGAGGAUACACUUUCACAACACCGAUUUCAAUGUUCAAUGCAUGUAUUAAUGCUAUUUAUAUUUUCUUUUCCUUUCGAGAAGAACUGCCUCUGAUUUCCGGCGUCAUCAUGACUUUGAAUAUUUUCGCCACUAUUUUCAUGACAUAUUUUAGUAUUCGUCCGGCUAGCAAUGUUCAGUUUCAUAUUCAAGACACUUCUCGAAUUUUGAUGGAAAGUCGAGAAUUUGAGAAUUCGAAAGAUGCAGAUGUGAUGAACACUUACCAUAUUAUGAUUGAUAGAUCACUGAGACAUACUGCUAGAUUACGAGUACUUGGUGGAAUUCCAAUAUAUCCAACUACAUUUCACAUUGCAAUGUUUUUCAUCCCAAGUUUGGGAACUUUAUUAUCUUUUGUCAAGAAAUCACUUCAUACAUAUGGUUUGGAAAUGCAUAAAUGA